AUGGUUGGCCAACGCAAAGCAGUAGAUCAGCGCAUCCCCGCGCUCAUUCGCAAUGGCAUACAGGAGAAGAAACGGAGUUUCAUUGUGGUCGUUGGAGAUAGAACGAAGGAUGUCAUUGUACAUCUACACUACAUUAUGUCCAGUAUGGACAUGAAACAGAAUAAAUCUGUUAUGUGGGCAUACAAAAACAAGCUCCUAGGGUUUACGAGUCACCGAAAAAAGAGAGAAACUAAAAUCAAGAAGGAAAUUAAACGUGGAAUUCGAGAAGCAAACACGGAGGACCCAUUCGAGCUUUUUGUGUCGCUACACAACAUCCGAUAUGUUUACUAUAAGGAAACCGAGAAAAUCUUGGGAAACACUUUCGGGAUGUGUAUAUUGCAAGAUUUCGAAGCACUCACACCCAAUUUAUUAGCCAGGACGAUCGAAACAGUCGAAGGUGGAGGACUUGUUGUUCUGUUGUUGAAAGGCAUGAACAGCUUAAAGCAAUUAUACACAAUGUCCAUGGAUGUCCACUCUCGAUACCGAACGGAAGCGCACGAUGAUGUUACUGCCAGAUUUAACGAGCGAUUCAUUUUGUCCCUUGGAAAAUGCGAGUCCUGUUUGGUAAUUGACGAUGAGUUGAAUGUUCUGCCAAUAUCCGGAGGAAAGAAUGUGAAAGCUCUGCCUCCACCAGACUUGGAUGAGCCGAAAAGCGAAUCGCAAAAGGAAUUGGAUAGUAUGAAAGAGGCCCUACAAGACACACAGCCAGUUGGAUCACUCGUCACGUUAGCAAAAACUGUAGACCAGGCCAAAGCUCUGCUGACAUUCGUCGAUGCUAUCGCAGAAAAGACGUUAAGGAACACCGUAACUUUGACUGCUGGUAGAGGACGUGGAAAGUCUGCAGCUCUUGGUGUUGCUGUAGCGGCAGCCGUCGCGCAUGGAUAUAGCAAUAUUUUUAUCACAUCACCAAGUCCAGAGAACUUGAAGACCUUAUUCGAAUUCAUCUUUAAGGGUUUUGAUGCUCUUAACUACAUGGAUCAUGUCGACUACUCAAUCAUCCAAUCUACCAACCCCGAUUUUAACAAAGCGAUUGUUCGAGUGAACAUUCAUCGUCAACAUCGCCAAACUAUCCAAUAUAUCAGACCGCAGGAUGCUCAUGUUCUUGGACAAGCCGAAUUAUUAGUCAUCGAUGAAGCUGCUGCGAUACCGCUACCACUCGUCAAGAAGCUUAUGGGCCCUUAUUUAGUAUUCAUGGCAUCCACCAUCAAUGGAUACGAAGGCACUGGAAGAUCUCUCUCCUUGAAACUUAUCAAACAGCUCCGAGAACAAUCCAGAGGAACCACGAAUGGAACCGCAGAUGUCGAAGUAGCUGAUCGAUCGAGUGGCAAGGCGGCCGCUAAAGGUGCCGAUAACAGCUUUUCAGGAGGUCGCUCGCUAAGAGAAAUUACCUUGUCUGAGCCAAUCCGUUAUGCACAAGGUGAUGCCGUUGAGAAGUGGCUCAACCAGUUGCUCUGUCUCGACGCCACUCUACCUCGAUCGAGAUUAAACACUCUUCAAGGAUGCCCAGAUCCUUCCCAAUGUCAGUUACUCAAUGUCAACCGCGAUACCCUCUUCUCUUUCCACGAUGUUUCCGAAAAGUUUUUGCAGCAGAUGAUUGCUCUUUACGUCGCUAGUCAUUAUAAGAAUACCCCAGAUGAUCUUCAGUUGAUGAGUGAUGCUCCUGCUCAUCAAUUGUUUGUGCUUGUUCCACCUAUUGAAGAGAACAGUAAGCACUUACCGGAACCUCUCUGUGUGAUUCAGGUUGCUCUCGAAGGAAAGAUCAGCAAGCAGAGUGUCAUGAACAGCCUCAGUAGAGGUCAGCGAGCGGCUGGUGACCUCAUUCCUUGGCUGGUCAGUCAACAAUUUCAGGACGACGAUUUUGCUGGUCUCUCUGGAGCACGUGUGGUGCGAAUAGCAACAAAUCCGGACUACAUCAAGAUGGGAUAUGGAAGCAAGGCUCUCGAGCUCCUUACUGAUUUCUAUGAAGGAAAGUUCGCUAAUCUCUCAGAGGAUAUGAAUGAUCAUGUGGAAGAGACAAUUACUCGUGUCACUGACGAGGAGUUGACUAGUAUAUCUCUUCUUGAUGAUAACAUCAAGGUUAGAGAUAUCAGAAAAAUGCCACCCCUUUUCUCGAAGCUAUCAGAAAAGCGACCCGACAAUCUGGAUUAUAUUGGUGUGAGUUACGGCCUUACUCAACCUCUCCACAGAUUCUGGAAACGAGCCUCAUUUGUUCCUCUCUAUCUUCGACAAACACCCAACGAAUUGACCGGAGAACACACCUGUGUUAUGGUUCGCACCUUAGAGAAGAGCGAAGACAGAGAAUGGGAGUCAGCUUUCUCUCGAGAUUUCCACCGCAGAUUCUUGUCUCUCCUAUCAUACCAAUUCAGCGAAUUCCCUUCAAUUUUAGCCUUGAGUAUUGACGAAUCAGCAAACGCUGGUUCAAAAUCCGAUCCAGAAGCUGCACCUAAGCCACUUUCGAAAUCGGAACUAGACAAUCUUAUGUCACCAUUCGAUCUAAAGCGCUUGGAAUCAUAUGCAAAUAACAUGCUUGACUAUCAUGUCAUCUUAGAUCUCAUUCCAACACUUGCGAAUCUGUAUUUUACCGGUCGCUUGAAGUCUGAUAUCAAACUUACUGGUAUUCAAUCAUCGAUACUUCUCGCCGUUGGUUUGCAAAGAAAAGACCUGACAGCCAUUGAGUCGGAAUUAUCUCUCCCAUCAUCUCAGCUGUUAGCAAUGUUCAUCAAGAUAAUGCGCAAAAUGAGUUCACACUUUGGCGACUUAGUUUCUGGAGCUAUCGAGGCCGAGAUGCCAGGGCGUGAAAAUAUUGGUGUUAGCAGAGCAGAUGCAAAUGAAGCUUUGGACGACGAAAUUGUGGAUGACAGGUUUGUACCUUUGGAACAGGGGCUCGAAGAUGAAUUAGAGGAAGGAGGAGAUGAGGCUAUGAAAGCUUUGAAGGAGAAGCAAAGGGAGCUUAUUGACGCACUCCCAUUAGACCAAUAUGAAAUCGAAACAGGAGCACCAGGGUGGGCAGAGGCCGAGAAGCAUGUCAAACAUGCUUCUAAAUCCGGAAAGAAGGAUAUAGUAGUAGGUGUAAAGAGUGCGAAAACCAAGAGAAAGGCAGGGGAAUCGGCAGCAGAAAUCUACGAACAGGAGAUGGGUGAAAAGACGCAUAAAAAGGCAAAAAAGGGAUCUAAAAAGGGUCAAUAG